GGAUGAAUGGGAAGUAAAUAUAUCUAUUCUUCGUAUAAGUUUAAUUUCCUCACUGUUUUGUUUAACGAUAGCUGGUGGAACUGACGCAGGUGAACCUGAACGUACCACACGGAUAUCCAGCGUCUGCCGGAAGUAAACAAUCCUCAGCUGACGUGGAGCAUACGCCGUCAGACCAAGUCACAGAACAGGAUUUAAACUCACCAGUAACUGCUGCUCUGUCUGCUUUUUUUUCUUUUAAAUAAGUUAAAUGAAGUUUUCUGACUAAUCUCCCAGAAGCUCUGACGACGUUUUCACAAAGCUUCUCAGCGAGGUAAGAUGGCGGCAUCGGAGGAGGCCAGCAGACCGUUCGCCGGGCUGUCAGACGUUUCCAUCGCGGAGGACAUCCCGGUGGAAGGGGACAUCUCGGUGCCCGUCGGCCCGUCUAGAAGAGAUGAUGAAUUCUCCACUCUGGACGAACCGGUUAAGGACACCAUCAUGAGGGAUCUGCGGGCGGUGGGGAACAAGUUCAUCCACGUCCUCUACCCGAAGCAGAGCUCGGCUCUGCUGCGGGACUGGGACCUGUGGGGCCCGCUGCUGCUUUGCGUGACGCUGGCUCUGCUGCUGCAGGGCGGUGCGGCCGACCACGAGGACCAGGGAGGACCGCAGUUCGCUGAGGUCUUCGUCAUCGUGUGGUUUGGCUCCAUCAUCAUCACCCUCAACUCCAAGCUGCUGGGUGGCACCAUCUCUUUCUUCCAGAGCCUGUGCGUGUUGGGAUAUUGCAUCAUGCCUCUUACAGUGGCCAUGGUAGUGUGUAGGAUUGUCCUGGUCAUCAGCUCCGGGAGGGUCGUAUUCGCAGUGCGGCUGGCGGUGGUCACGGCGUCCUUCGGGUGGUCGACUUUCGCGUCCACAGCCUUCCUCGCCGACAGCCAGCCUCCCAACCGCAAGGCACUGGUGGUGUACCCGGUGUUCCUCUUCUACUUUGUGAUUGCGUGGAUGAUCUUGACAUACUCGCCGCAACAGUAGGCGAAGGUUUUCUUGGAACGUCCACAACCGUAGACAGAUACAGAAUCUGCCUUUGAACAAAGAUGAAUAACUACUGAACUGACUGUGAGCAAUUCUGAAACAGCAUUUAGACAUGAAGGACACCAAAUUUAGGACUCUUUCUGGAGUAGUGGGGAAUGUUGGGCUGCAGAGUGGAAAAGCUGAUGAAUAUGUUCUUAUUUUUCCAGUUUGUCUCGCUGAUGUGUUUAUGUUGUGUAAAAAGAAAAAACGUGUAUGUGGAAAUACUUCAUGGAUGUUUGGACUACCAGGGCUACAAUGGUUAUUUUUCUUUCUCUCUUGAUCUCUCUGGGUGUGAUCGAAAUCUCCUGUCUUAAGAACAUGGACAGCACACAUUUUCACACUGAAUUAAUUUUUAACAACAUUUAGCUGAUCUGAUUAUGCAGCUUGACUAAUUUCUUCUUUUAUUUUAUUUUUGUAUUUUGUUGGGUUUUGUCUCAGCGGACAGUGGAGAGUUGACAUGGAUGAUUAUAGGUAGACUGGUUUGAGCUUUUUGUGUGU